GUUCUUUCCAUGUCUCACAUCCCUUGGGACCCAUCCCGGCGUCAUCUGCUAUAACCUUGUCCAUUCAGUUAUAUCCCUUGUCUAAUUACUUGAUGAGCAUGUUUUGACCUGUCCACACCACAGUCAUUUGACGAGACCUUGCAAAACCGCCAACCUCUAUUCCUUCAUCACUCUCACACAAUGGUCGUGCAUCAACGCGUCGCCCCCAUGAGCAGGCCUAGAAAGCCCGCCGGCCCGCGCGAAGAGAAGGUCGACAUGGAAGCCGUAGGAAACCGCACUGAGCAGUUGCACAAACUCGAGAUGAAGCAUCAACAAGGCGCAAGCAGAACCGACCUCCUGGUCAAGGACGAGGAUGUGCGACGCCUCAAACUCCGCAUCCUUACAUUACGCGAUGAGAACACCACAUUGCGCGAUCAGAUCACUCAGAGCAAUGAUGAGAACGCGAGGUUAGCCUCCCAAUGCGACAAUCUUGGCGCACAGCUCGAGGCCAAGAUUGAAGUCGUUCGUUCCCAGGAGAAGCAGCUGCGCAAGCAGGAGCGCGAGUUCUCCAGCCUCAAGAGCGAACUACAACUCAUGAACAACGCCAACCAGAGCUCUACCAAUAUCCUGGCGGAAAAGCUGGCUCUAGGUCGCGAGCUUGCCGUCCUCAAGCCAGAACUGGAACAUCUCAGGUCUCAGCUCACCCACCAGUCAGCCACCCUCGCCGAGAAACUCGCACUGGAGCGACAGGUCAACACUUUGGAGGUCGAAUUGGCCAACGAGAAGAAGGCUACCAAGAGGGCCAUGCAGAAACGCGAGAGUACCGACAGAACUGAAGACGACCUCCGACAGAAGCUGCGAGAGACAGAGAAAGAACUGAACGCCGAGAAGGCUCAGCGUGAGAGACUGGAGGACCAGCUAGCCCAGGAGAAGCGCACACAUCAACUAGCCCUGCAGGAUCAGGAUAGCACACGCGAAUUGGAAUCUGAUUUGCGCAAGAAAUACCAGGACGCCCAGAAACAAUUGCGCGAGUCGCAAGAGGAGAACGAACAGCUUGGCGAAGAGCUCAGCGCUGAAAGGCGCCAGGCACAAAAGACACAAAAGACACAGCAGAAGGGCAGCUCCGACGAGGCAGACGAGCUUCGCACCAGACUCCAAGAUUGUGAAGCCAAGCUCGCCGCCUCACAAAAAGAGGUCGCAAAGAUCCGCAACCAAGCACAGUCCUCGGUAGAAGAGGCUGAUCAUCGCAGCGAUGCAUUUGAGAAAAAGUUCGAGAAACUAAAGGCCAAGUUCAGGGAGCUCCAGGACCAGCUCAAACAGUGCCAGGCAGAUCUGAAGAAGGCGCAGAAGAGCAAGCCUUCAAUCUCUGAGGAGAUUGAGAUGAAGCUCGGAAGACAGGCGUUUAAGAAGCGCAAGGUCGACGACAUCAGUAAGGGCGAUUUCAGUGGCAUCACCAUCGCAACACCAAACGCAGACGACAAACCGCGGAAGACGGUCAUCAAGAAGAAGGCCGUCGAGCACUCAAUACUUGGUGAGAAGUCCACUUUCUCGAUCACGCCUUUCCUGAACCGUGCCAAGGGGCUUGCGGCCGACGAUGACGCGGAUGAAGAGGAUGAGAUCGCCGACACAAGUUAUAUACCACAACAGCAUAGGACUAGCCCAGCUGAGGCUGUCACAACAGCACCACCAGCCCAGGCCGAGACCGAAACACGCGAUUCCUCGUCGGAGCCUACCUCAGCUGCAGCCGAGCAGCAGAACGAGGAGCCGUCGAAGCCGCAACCCAAGGCCCGUGGUCGCCCCAAGAAAAUACUUGGCGAUGCUCCAUCUGCCAAGAAGAAUGCCCAACAACUCCCCAAGACUGCCAUGAGGAAGGUGCCAAAGGUCGCUUCAACACUGGAAAAUGUGGUCGAGGAGAGCCAAGAAAACGUGCCGGAGCCAACAGAUAAGGCCCAGGCCGUGAAGUUUAAUACUCUACCGCAGGACACGAGCACAUCAUCUGCCAACACAUCGAAAACGGAAGAGGUCAAGAAGAAGAAGCGUAAGGUUCUCGGAUCUACCAAGACGCUCUUCGACGAAGACGAGGAGGCAGUAGCACCUACUGUUGUCGAGGCAGCAAGCAGAGCACCUAUGAAUGGUGCAAGGAAGCGCGCGCCGAUUGCUGGCGGUGUGAAGAACGCUUUUGCAGCCGCUAGUUUCUCACCUCUGAAACGGGAUAGAAGGGGCGUUGGCGCCAGUUUCCUGGCAUAGUCGUGCCUUUUCCUAUGUAGCGGAUUUGGCAUAUGGCGUUGUGUAUUACGGACUUUUGCAUUAAUCGGCGUUUUGCUCGGAUAUAGGGCAUCAUUAAAGUACUGGUUAUUGGAGUAAUGGUCGCAUAAGUUCUGUAUGAAUAAAACAGAAUUCUCUGAUGUCACUUGUUAGAUGAUUUACUUGCUUGAAUUAUUG